AUGACUGAAGCUAAUAAUAAUAUUGAUGACAACCCAGUGGAAGAAUCCAUAAAAAACUUUAAACAAUGUUUGAUUGACGUCAAUGAUGAAGUUGUGGAGAGCAUAGUUGAUUCAGGCUCAGAAUGUCCAAUUAUCACUUAUGAGAUUGCGAAAAAAUUGG